AUGAAGGUAGAGCUUCCUUCCUUUGGAGGAAAUUUUGACAUAGAGGCUUUCAUGGAUUGGCUCUACAAAGUGGGGAAGUUUUUUGAGAUGGCUAAUAUGCCCGAAGCAAACCAGCUGAAGUUUGUAGCAUAUCGUCUCAAAGGAGAAGCCGCGACAUGGUGGGAUCAAACUCAAAACACUAGGAGACGACAAGGUAAGCAACCGGUGCGGGUUUGGCGUCGCAUGAAGCAGCUACUACGGGCAAGAUUUUUACCACCCGACUAUCAACAAAUCCUCUACAACCAGUUCGAGCAAUGCCAUCAAGGAGUCGGAUCAGUAAGUACAUAUACCGAAGAGUUAUUCCGUCUUACUUCUCGUUGUGAUUUGUCUAUGAGCGAGGAACAACUCGCAGCCAAAUAUAUUGGUGGUUUGAAGUAUUCGAUUCAAGAGAAGGUGGCCAUUCAUAAUGUGUACUCUGUAGACGAAGCCCACAAUAUGGCUCUAAAGGCGAAAAGAUUGGCCUCCAAAACACCACCUUUCAGGCGAACUGAUCAGGGAAGUUCGGCCGAGAAGGCAAGAGAUUAUGAAGAAGCUGAGGAUGGGCACACAACAUCUGAAGAAGAGUACGAAGAAGAGGGUGUCGAGGUUAAGGGAGACAAUGUGUCAUGUGUUGUUCAACGACUUUUGUGCGCUCAGAAGACACCAGACUCAUCACGACAGCAUCAAAUUUUCUUUUCUAGGUGUUCAGUCAACAACAAGGUGUGCACCCUCAUCGUUGACAAAGGAAGCUAUGAGAAUAUUGUGUCAAAGGCCUUGGUGGAUCACUUGAAACUGCUGACAGAGACAAAGCAUGUGCCUUAUACCAUAGGAUGGAUCAAGAAGGGUCCCUCCAUGAAGGUGACCGAGUUGUGUCGCGUGCCAUUAUCACUGGGAAAGACUUAUAAUGACUCUAUUACUUAUGAUGUUGUGGAUAUGAAUGCGUAUCAUGUCUUGUUAGGGCGGUCGUGGCAGUAUGAUGUUGAAACUAAGCAUGGCAGCAAGAAGAACGAGUACUCUUUUGUAUGGAUGAAUAAGAAGAUCAUCCUACCACCUAUUCCAUCCUCUCCAAAGAACCCCAAGGAUCAAAAGUCAAAACAUAUAUCUCUGUGCAACAAGGGUGAGUUUCUGGCUGAGUCAAAGGAGUUAAAGUAG